AUGGCGUCUGUUGCAUCUGAAUAUAUCAGUGUGGGCGGAAACCGUCACCCGGCAGCUGCGGAUUGGGAUGUCCAGUCGGGUGUGCUCGCCUACGGAGCGGACAAUAAUGUCGCCUUAUGGGAGCCUCUUGACUCCUCUUGCAGAGGUGUGUAUUCGCUUCUAGUCGGUCAUUCUGACAAAGUCAGUGUGGUCAGAUUUUACACCUGCCCCUCAUCGGGGACCAGGAUGCUUCUCACCGGUUCCGUCGAUCGUACAAUCCGAGUCUGGCAGCAAGAUACCAUGGAGCCACACAACUAUAAAUAUGCAUUUACCCUCGAGGGCCAUGCCGGGUCGAUCAAUGCGAUAGCAGUCGUCGAUGGGACGAACAUUGUUGCAUCUGGAGCCGCAGAUGGGACCGUCCGGGUUUGGAGACUCAAUGCACUGGAUUUGAAGGGCGAGUUGUUGGACACGAUUACCAUGACACCUCGUUUCUUUCCACUGUGUUUGUCUCUCCGAGUACUCGCAGGAGAUAGUUGCCCACUAGUGCUGGCUGUCGCGGGAACUACAACAAAAGUGCAGAUAUACGUCGCAGAAGAAUCUGUCAAUAAGCCAAGCUUCCAACGCCGCGCCGUUCUUGCAGGUCAUGAAGCAUGGGUCAGAUCUCUCUCGUUUACAGUGGACAAACAGAGUAAGACCAAUGAUAUCCUGCUUGCGUCGGCUAGUCAGGACAAAUACAUCCGUUUAUGGCGAUUGCGUCAGGGUGAAGGAAAUGCUCCCGCGCCUAUUGACGAUGCUGAUCCUCUGCUGGGUGGUAUGGAGCCUACACUGUCGAACAAGGCUCAUGAAUUUGAGGCAGCUGGCUUGAAGUAUACCAUCACCUUCGAAGCGCUUCUGUUUGGCAACGAGGACUGGAUUUAUACUACUGCAUGGAACCCCAAUCCAAACCGAUCACAGCUUCUGACUGCCUCUGCGGACAACACAGUGACUAUCUGGGAGCAGGACUCGAUAUCAGGAGUCUGGAUGUCGAUUGCAAGAAUGGGGGAGAUUAGCGUACAGAAGGGAUCGACUACUGCGACUGGAAGUGCUGGCGGUUUUUGGAUUGGACUUUGGUCGCCAGACGGCAAGCAAGUCGUAAGUCUGGGCCGGACAGGCAGUUGGCGUGUAUGGAAGCACGACUUUGAAGCAGAUGUUUGGAUGCAAAAUUUUGGCAUCUCGGGGCACGUACGUGCAGCCAAUGGUGUGCAGUGGGAUCCCAGUGGUGGCUAUUUGCUCUCAACCAGUGCAGACCAAACUACACGUCUUCAUGCCCAAUGGUUGCGCGAUGACAAAUGCUCUUGGCACGAGUUUUCGCGCCCUCAGAUUCAUGGGUACGACCUUAACUGCAUUGACACAUUGGGGCCCUCCCAAUUUGUCUCCGGUGCCGACGAAAAGCUUCUGCGGGUUUUCAACGAGCCAAAGCAGAUUGCCGAUCUUCUUGGGAAACUCACGGGCUUUCAACAAACUAUUGAGGGUGAUCUCCCGGAUACGGCUGAAAUUCCAGUUCUAGGUCUGUCGAAUAAAGCGCAGGGAGACGAGGCACCCGUGGACGAGGAUGAGUCUAAUGGAGCGACAUCGUCUGUACCCGCAGUCAAUUUGAACACAGAUUCCCCACCAUUAGAAGAUCAACUCGCUCGAUGGACUCUGUGGCCGGAGCACGAAAAGCUCUAUGGCCAUGGCUAUGAGAUUUCUGCGGUUGCAGUCAGCCACGACCGCAAACUUAUUGCCACUGCCUGCAAAGCCACCAGUAUCGACCACGCAGUGAUUCGACUAUAUGAUACAUCCGACUGGCAUGAGAUCAAGCCCUCCCUUACUGCACACUCCUUGACCAUCACCGACCUCUCAUUUUCCAACAACGACCAAUAUCUCCUUAGUGUGGGUCGAGACCGACAAUGGGCCGUUUUCGCACGAAGUGAAGAAGACCCAACCACAUUCACCAGUUUUACCUCGAACCCCAAAGGCCAUUCUCGAAUGAUUCUGGGCGCAGCUUGGGCACCAGUGACGACGGAAUACGUUUUUGCCACGGCAGGACGUGACAAAUCAGUUAAGCUUUGGCAAAAGACCGACAAUACUUUCACCUGCAAGACUACCAUCGCUCUGACAUCCGCCGUCUCAGCGAUUGCUUUUUUGGCGGCUCCGUACAAAAGCUCAUUCAUUCUGGCCGCGGGAGAGGACAGUGGUGCUGUUUCUAUCCACAGAAUCAACAUCGAAACCCUUGAAGCACAGCUCGUCGUGGCUGUUGACCAAACCAUGGCACCCUCCAAGGCAAUCACGCAGCUGUCAUGGCGACCUGUGUCAGUUGAAGAGACGGACAGCAAAGCUAAGUUUGACCUUGCCGUGAGCAGUGAAGAUACCUCUACACGAAUCUACGCCAUUUCAAACAUGGCAGCGUGA